AUGCCUGCAGGGCCAUCCGGUGUUGUUGUUUUGACCGUCAUCUACGCGCUCAUCACGCUGUCCGCGAUAAUUAUCGGUGCCCGAAUCUAUCUGCGAUUGGCUAUACAGAAGCAGCGCCUCGUAACAGCAGACUGGCUGCGCAUAUCAGCAUGGUGCACCGCGUUCGUCACCGGUUUCUUCGACGUACUGUAUGCGAAAGAGGGCGUUUUGCAUCCCGGGAUCAAUUACACUCUGUCCAAUUGGGAUGCGCCGUUGGAACAGCAGAUCAGAGUCCGAAAGUAUAAUUGGGUCAAUCCUUUCCCAUUUUACACGACUUUCUACCUAUGCAAGGCGUCACUUCUUGUCAUUUAUCUACAGCUAUUUCCACCGUUUAUGGUCAUAAGACGACUCAUGGUCUGGAUCGUGGUUGUGUAUUGUGUCUGUGCCUAUAUCGUAACGAUCUCACUCCAGCUUUUUCUCUGUUACCCAAUCCAACGGAACUGGUCUGUCACGAAGCCUGAAGAAGCAUGUAAAUACACCUCGUUGCUUCUUAUGUUCCAGAUCAACUGGGUGUUGCAUUUCGUUGGAAUCUUCUGCCUGCCGUUCUUCAUUAUCCACAAUCUCAACAUGCGAACGAAGGUCAAAGUCAGUGUCUACUGCAUCUUUCUCUUAGGCAUCAUCGACAUCGCAUUUUCUCUCACGCGCUUUUUGACCAUUCAGCUCGGAGACAGCGAAGACUUUCGAUCUUUCACGAUAAUCGAACUUUGGUGUUCCCUCGACGUGUACAUCGGUCUCGUCAUCUGCUGCAUCCCAGCUCUGCGACCAUAUCUUCAUAGGAAGGGAGUCAACUACAACAUCCAGGAAUCAGGACGUCCUUCAAAGUCUGGCCAUGCGAUACGGCGGACCGGCCAGAGCGGAUUUGAAGAGAUAAUUGAGGGGUCAGGUCUCAGGGGCGAUGUUCAAGAUGAUUCAUGGUCCGGGUCUCAUUCUUGUGAGCUUACAGUGGAUAUGAGUGAUAAAAAGCAAAAUGAGAGCGAUAUCGAGCUGGUGAGUAUUGAGGUUGGUAAGAGUAGCAUAUAG